AUCUAGGGCACUGUUAUCUGGCCCCUUUUCUUCGAGCAGAAGCAGAGAUCUGUGGAUGGAGAGAGCUGGAGAGAGAGAGGAGACGUUUCGUGCUUUACUGAGGCUGCUGGAGAAGACAGAGACAAAUUCUUAAUGCUGCUUUCUAGGAGCUAGACAAUCUCACAGGAACCUUUACUAUUAUACACAACAACACACACACACUUUAUACACUCUCUGAACGCUCACACACACUUUCACCUCUCACACACUCUCUGAACCCACACACACCCCAUCCACACACACCCCACACACACUCUCUCAGCACCAUGUUGGAGGAGAAGAAGACCAAGGUGAAGAUCACGUUCUUCGUCAUCCUGGUGGGCAUCUCCUGCAUGCUGGCUGCCAUGGUGACGGACCACUGGACUGUACUGAGUCCGCCGUUUGACAAAUUCAACGCCACCUGCGAGACGGCCCACUUUGGCCUCUGGAAGCUCUGCAUGAAGACCAUCUUCAUGGUGGAAGAGGACCCAGAGGGCCUGGGCUGUGGCCCCAUCAGUCUGCCCGGAGCCAAGAACUGCUCCUACUUCAAACACUUCACUAAGGAAGAAGAGGCAGAAGGGUUUGAAGCCAAAACUCAGAAAGAGUACAACCUCUCAGCAGCGGCCAUCGCUGUGUUCAGCCUGGCCUUCAUGACCCUGGGGUCGCUGUGCGUCAUGUGCUCCUUCGGGAAGGGGCGGGACUACCUGCUGAGGCCUGCUGGGAUGUUCUUUGCCUUCGCAGGUCUCUGCAUCAUCAUCUCUGUGGAGGUGAUGCGUAACUCCACCAAGCGGAUGAUUGACAGCGAGGAGACCGUCUGGGAACAGUACUACUACUCCUGGUCGUUUGAAUGUGCCUGCGCCUCCUUUGUCCUCCUGGUCUUCAGUGGCCUCAGCCUGUUGAUCAUCUCCAUGCCCCAGAUGCCACGCAACCCCUGGGAGACCUGUAUGGAUGCAGAGCCAGACUCUAUGGAGCCCUUAGACUAGUAGUAGUAGAUCAGACUAGAACAGAUUAGACCUGACCAGAUCAACCCCUGGGAGACCUGCAUGGACACAGAGUCAGACUCCAUGGAGCCCAUAGACUAGUAGUAGACUCCACUAGAACAGACCAGAUCAGAAAAGAUUUAAACAGAACUGACCAGACUAGUCUAGUCCAGACCAGACCAGACUAGACCAGGGGAAUCUUCAACCAAGGCUGCCAAAACCAUACAUUUUUAAUAGAAUCCAACUGAAGAUAAACUAACUUGAGGCUGGUGGUGGGGGCAACAGAGUUAAUGAUACAAAGGAAUGAGAGUGGGGCACCCCGCCUAAGUAAUGGUAUAAGGGGAAACACUGCAUUACACUGCUUGGUUUUAAGUGUACAGAUAAAGAUAAGAUGUAAGGCAGGAACUCUGAGCAGUCCUCGAGGGCCACAGAUGUUCCUUUCUUUGGUCCUUAACUGAUACAUUUGUGUCAUUGAUUGCAGAGAGUGUCCAUAUCAUCCGUUACUAAGCAACAGACACUGUGGCACUUGAGGACUGCCCUGAUAUAGGGUGUGUUCGUAAAUUCACCAUGGCAACCUACUCCAAUUGCAGACCACUCUAGUUGGAGAGUGCCAGAGCGCAGAAUAAUUUAUGAAUUUCCGAACUUCCUAAACUCGGUUGUUAUGACAGAUGUAAGUAAACAUCGACAAAAAAGGUAAUUAAAUUGUUGCCAGUAAUACAGUUACAGUCACUAACCCUCUUGAUAACAUGAAACACUCUAGCACCUCUAGCAGCUCUGCAAGGGUGAGUAACAUGUUCAGAGUGAGGUGUUCUCUCAUUUGUAUCUGGAAGUAGCUAGCAAGUAAGCUAACCAAGUUUAGCCAGUUAGCGUGGGUGCUUGACUGCCGUUGUGAAGUCAGAACGCU